AUGUUCCGGUUGAAGGAUGGUCUCCACAUCUCAGUCUUUGCGGCCAAGCACGACACUGAGUCGGGGAAGCGAUUGAGUACGCAAGAGCUAUGCCACGUGCUCCGCCACGGAGACGACUCGCAACUGCCGACCCCCGGCCUCUUCUUCUACGCCCAAGGCAUACCGGUCGUGGUGACUCGCAACCAGUUUGUCGGGCUGAAGGUGGGCCACGGGGCGCCUUUCAAGGCCGUCGACAUCUUCCCCGACCUCGCCUGUGGCACCAUCGCCCUCGCCAACGACGUGACUUUCCACCUCGGGCCACCCGUGGCCGUCCUCCUCCAGUCGGACGAUAGUGCGGGCCUCGCCAUCCCCAGGCUCCCCAACGGCGCCAUCUUAGUCAAGAGCAAGAUGGUCGCCAUCCCGAGCCAAAUGCGGGGCAAGGAAGGCGGAUGGAGGGGCAAGCCGGGUUUUCGGUGGGUCACCCACAGAACGGGACCUCUUUGCACGCCGGCCUUCGCCAUGACGGAUCAGAAGAGCCAGGGAAAGCAGUUCUCAGACGUCCUCGUCAACCUGAAAGGCGUACGCGGCGGCGGCACAGCGACUCGGCCCAGUUUCAUGAGCUUGUACGUGCAGCUGUCGAGGGCGCAGAGCUGGGACGGGCUGCAUCUGUUUCGGAAGCCGGCGCGCAGUGACUUCAUCGAGCCGAAGAACGUGCUCGAUAAAGACAUGAGGGACGCCAUCCUCAAGCUGGAACGACAGGGCGAGGAGACCAGACGGCGGUUCGAGGAAGACCACAGGCACGAACCGUGGUUUCAGGAAUGGGACGCCAUGCCUGAAUCAGCGCAGGCUGCUGAAGCUGCUGACGAAGAUGCGGGACUGCGCGGCGGAGGCACGCAAAGGCACGAGCGAAGCAGCGAGUCACAGGGGCCCUGA